AUGCCUCAUCGCACCAUCCACCUUUUCCGCAAGGGGCUUCGGCUUCACGACAACCCCACGCUGCUGGCUGCGCUGGAGUCCUCGGAGGCCGUGUACCCCAUCUACAUCCUGGACAGGCCCUUCAUGACGUCCGUGAUGAACAUAGGGGCUCUGCGCUGGCAUUUUCUGCUGCAAUCCCUGGAGAAUCUGCAAAAAAACUUGUUACAGCUGGGCUCUUGCUUACUGGUUAUUCAAGGAGAGUACGAGUCUGUCCUUCGAGAUCAUGUCAAGAAGUGGAACAUCACGCAGGUGACUCUGGAUGCGGAGGUGGAGCCGUUUUACAAAGAGAUGGAGGCCAAAAUACGAAGUCUAGGGGAAGAGUUGGGAUUCAAAGUGCUUUCUUUGAUCAGCCACAGUCUUUAUGAUGCCCAACGGAUUUUGGACCUGAACGGUGGGACUCCCCCAUUAACGUACAAGCGGUUUCUCCACGUUCUCUCUCUGCUUGGGGACCCCGAGGUGCCGGUCCGAAACCUUGCAGCUGAAGACUUCCAGAGAUGUAGGCCCCCUGACCUGUGCCUGGCUGAGCAUUACAGAGUGCCUCUCCCUGUGGAUUUGAAGAUCCCCACGGAGAGCCUCUCCCCCUGGAAAGGAGGGGAGACUGAAGGGCUGCAGCGCCUGGAGCAGCACUUGAUGAACCAGGGCUGGGUGGCAAGUUUCACUAAGCCACGAACGAUUCCAAAUUCCCUUCUUCCAAGCACCACAGGCCUGAGCCCAUAUUUCAGUUUGGGCUGUCUGUCGGUUCGCACCUUUUUUUAUAGGUUGUCAAACAUUUAUGCUCAGUCCAAACAUCAUUCUCUGCCUCCGGUGUCACUCCAAGGACAGCUUCUGUGGAGGGAAUUCUUCUACACGGUGGCAUCAGCAACACCAAACUUCACCAAAAUGGUUGGGAACCCCAUUUGCCUUCAGAUCAACUGGUAUGAGGAUGCAGAGAGGCUCCACAGAUGGAAAACGGCUCAGACGGGGUUUCCAUGGAUUGACGCAAUUAUGACCCAGCUGCGCCAGGAAGGCUGGAUUCACCACCUUGCUCGGCAUGCUGCUGCCUGCUUCCUGACCCGAGGGGACCUGUGGAUCAGCUGGGAAGAGGGCAUGAAGGUGUUUGAAGAGAUGCUUUUAGAUGCUGACUACAGCAUCAAUGCGGGGAACUGGAUGUGGCUGUCGGCCAGCGCGUUCUUCCACCAGUACAGGCGCAUCUUCUGUCCCGUGCGGUUUGGGAAGCGCACGGACCCGCAGGGGCACUACAUCCGGAAGUACCUGCCUAUACUAAAGAAGUUUCCUUCCAAAUACAUUUAUGAACCCUGGACAGCCUCUGAAGAGGAGCAGAAGGAAGCAGGAUGUAUCAUAGGUCAAGAUUACCCCUUCCCAAUGGUGAACCACAAGGAAGUCAGCGAUCACAACCUGCUGCUGAUGAAACAGGUCAGAGAGGAGCAGUACAGAACAGCCCAACUCACGAGAGAUGAUGCAGACGAUCCAAUGGAAAUGAAGAUGAAGCGUGACCACUCUGAAGAAAAUGUAAAGAAAGGAAAAGUGGCCAGGACCACAGAACAAACCUAGAUCCUGUCGGGGGAUUGUACUCUGGGAACAAAAAGUGGCAACUGGG